CACACAAUAUGCUAUGAAACAACCGGACUUAAGGAGAUAUUGCUUUCUACCUCCAUCCCCGUGCCCUGAUGCAUCUGCCUAAGGUAUUACUGGGCAAUAUAGUCAGUGGCUGGCCCUCUGUCGUAUCAUGGUUAUAAACAUUUGGGAAAACUUGUGCAGUUUACCUUCACCCAAGGCUAAUGUUGAAGCACACUCAACUUAUUGUCGUGGUUUGCAGAGGAAUUUCAUUGUUCCAACGGCGUGAAAAUUGCACCUGCAAUGGAUACUGAGAUCCCUCGGGAAAUAAAAAUGUCUCCACACUCUGCUUCAAACGAAGAAAAGUCGGAUGGACCAGAAGAAGUCGUGGUCCAGACUCCCCGGCGCCAAAUCCGUGGUUUCGCUUGGUUCCUGGUCAUCGGCUCCAUCUUUUCAAGCAUGUUCAUCUACGCGCUCGAUAACACCAUCACCGCCGAUCUUGUGCCCGCCAUCGCCAUCGACUUCGGCUCCGUCUCGCUACUCCCAUGGUUGUCCGUAGGCUUCCAGGUCGGCGCAUACGUAGCCCUGCUCCCCGUGGGAAAAUUGUACGCCAAAUUUAAUGCUAAGUGGGUGUACAUCAUCAACGUGGUGUUCUUCCUGGCCGCCUCUGCCCUCUGCGGAGCCGCCCCUAACAUGACUGCCAUGAUUAUCGGCCGCGUUUUUCUCGGUGUCUCUGGCAGCGCUAUAUACUGUGGUAUACUGUACCUCAUUACGGUCCUGUGUGAGGAACGUGAACGAGGCCUCUACGUUAGUCUGGCUGGCCUCGUCUGGGGCGUGGGGACCGUUCUGGGGCCCGUCGUAGGCGGAGCUUUCGAGAAGGUCAGUUGGAGGUGGGCCUUCUACAUCAACAUCAUCAUCGGCAUCGUCUUCUUGCCCGUUUGUCUAUUUCUCCUUCCCCCCUUCGACCCCCUUCCUUUGGCAUUGUGGAAGAAAAGGGCGGAGAAAUUCGAUUUUCUAGGCACGAUACUAUUUGUGGCAUUCUCUAUAUGCCUCGUCAUGGCCAUCAAUUUCGGCGGCGUCCUUUAUCCCUGGCGUAGCGGGAGUAUCAUCGCCUUGUUUGUAGUCGGGGGUUUGCUCUUCAUCGUCUUUGUUGUCCAGCAGAGAUAUUCGUGGCUCACUACCCGUUCGGAACGCCUCUACCCGGCUCAGAUUUUGCGAAUCAGGGAGGCUGACCUUCUUGCUCUAUCCGCUAUCUGUUCCAACACGGCGAUAUUCGUGCCCAUCUUCUACAUCCCAGUCUAUUUCCAAUUUACGAGGAACGACAGCGCGAUCGAGGCAGCUGUGCGCCUCCUUCCGCUCAUUGUGGUGGUCAGCGUGGCUCUGGUUGCACAAGGUUAUUUCAUGGUCCGCCUCGGCUAUUACUGGCCUUGGUACACAGUCGGUGCGGCCCUAGGCCUGGUUGGUAAUGUCCUUCUUUAUCUUGGCGACUUCGAUACCUCAGAAGGCUACAUUUACGGAGCCGAGGUCCUGGUUGGGUUGGGAUUGGGUAUCUUCAAUCAGGCGGGAUAUACGGCCAUAUAUAAAGCUGUCCCAAGUUCUGAGGCAGGCAACGCACUUCCAUUCAUGAUGGUUGCUCAAUACAGCGGCGUCACCAUGGGUCUUUCCGUUGCUGGCGCUGUUUUCAUUAACGAUGCCAUGAACGGUCUACGGUCGAUUCUGCCUACGUUUCCUGAUACCGAGCUUACGGCACUCAUAAGCGGUACCUCCAAUUCGGCCAUCAACGCAGUACCUGAGGAGCUACGUGGGGCUGUCAUUACCGCCAUUGUGGAAAGUUUGCGGAAAGUCUUCAUUCCUGCGUUCUUUGGCAGUGCAGUUUGUUUGGUCAUAUCGGGUUUCUUAAGCAAAAAGAGAGCGUUUGGGGGCAAAGAAGCAGCACCCGUCGUUGCGGGUUGAACAGUGACUCUGCGGGCAAUAAAAUAUUUGUAUCGGAUGAAGCGGUCCGCUAGCUGAAGAUUUUUCUGAAUUUUAAUUAAUACAGGCAAAUACUUCAAUAGAGAAAGAAGAAGACGAGAGAGAACAAGUCACCGGGAGUGAUUAAAGGACACAAAAUUGCAUUAUAUCAGGUUGAGCCAAUAUCAUUAUAUAAGAAUUACCUAAUCAGGAAUGUUUGAUCCCUUUAUGACGACUGUGCCUUCGACCUGGUUAGGCGAAUACCGUUAUGAGCGGACUAUGCGAUCAAAGAGGUACUUGCUACUAGUACCGCAACAAAACUCCUCUAUUCU